AUGGCGUCUCGGGGGAGAAUAUUGUGUAGGAAUACAAGGCCUAAGAAAUCCUUCAAGAUAGAACACGGUAAUGCGUCCUGCAGGACCUGUGGUAGCACCGGGAGUUUAGGAUCUCUAUUUACAGAGGGCGAGAAUCAUGAAAAAAAAUCUGAAGAAUUACGCAUUGUGACCGGCUUAAACAUAAAGUACAACGAUGGACAGUCGCAAAAAAUAUGUCGCCGCUGCUACAGGUUCAUCAAAAGAUCGCUAAGAUUCAGGCGAGUUAGUAAAAGAACUGAGAAGCUUCGCCUGAGUAUGAGAGUGAAAACUGAGAAUGUACCGAAACUAGCGAUGACUACAGUCGUGAAGACGGAGCCUCAAACAGACAGCUUACAAGCCAACGAGUUUGGACAAAUGGGUUUCAUUGACAGAUAUCAGAAUUACAACUUCCCCGACCUGUAUGACAUCUGUAAGAAAGAGCCGGAAGACGAUGAUCCCAACGGCACAACAAAUGAUAUAGUUUCAUUCACCUGUAAAGUUUGUGGGGAGCUGUUCACAUCGAGGAAACUUUAUGACUCACAUCGGAAGACUCACAACCAUUUAUGGGUUGAUGAAAAAGCGACCCCCGGGAUACAAAAGAAGAUCGGACCCAACGGGAUGUACAAGUGCCAUAUCUGUGGCAAAGAGUUCAGGAUGAGAGCCACCUACACCUCUCAUCUACGUUUCCACACGCAUUACUGCGUCUGUGAGGAUUGUGGUAAACGAUGCCGGAACAAUAAUGAACUACAAGAACACAAGCGAGCCAGACACGGCAUGAUGAAGAUACAUAAAUGUUCCCACUGUGAAUACAGCUCAGCGACGAAGGAAGCGCUUACAAUCCAUGAGCGACAUCACACAGGAGAGCGUCCUUACAUCUGUGAUCACUGCGGCGCCUCCUUCUUCAGACGGUCCACGUUGGUGCAGCACAUCGCUAUACACCUGCCAGAUAAGAACUUCCAGUGCGACAUGUGCCCAAAAUGGUUCAAAUCCAAGAAGUUCCUUCAGAUACACAAACACGACGCUCACACGGGAAAGAAAUAUGGUUAUCUGUGCUCUGUGUGCAAUCACAGGUUCGAGAAGCCUUAUAUAGUGCGCGCGCACACGAGGAAGGUCCACGGAAUACCCGACGAACAACAGGGAUCUAUAGUGAGGAUAGAGCUUUAA